AAUUUACAAAAUCCUACAGAAGAAAUUAGACUGCAUGGGUAUCAUUUACAUACUUUAAUAAAUUAAUACGUUAUAUUAUUUGCAGCAGAAUAAUUCAUCAUCAGCUAGGCUAUUUCACAACAGUCAUGUGACUCAUUUUUACUACAUCUGGGAAAUUCCUCUAACGCAAUCUACAUGCUAGCAGAGCCCUGCACACAGGCACAAAACUGUAUAAAAGCAGAAUGGGUCUCCCUGUUCAGACAUCAGCACUCUUCUGACAGGAGAGAUCACAGCUCCACAAAACCUCAGCUCAGAAGACAAGCCAAACACUCCUAACCAUGAACGGCAAGCUUGGAGCAGUCCUGGCUCUCCUCCUGCUUUCAGCAGCUCUGUCGCAAGGCAGGACCCUGGUAAAGAUGGGGAACGAGCUGCGGUGCCAGUGCAUUAGCACUCAUUCUAAGUUCAUCCACCCUAAGUCCAUUCAAGAUGUGAAGCUGACACCAAGUGGCCCCCACUGCAAGAAUGUUGAAAUCAUAGCUACUCUAAAGGAUGGAAGAGAGGUGUGCUUGGACCCCACUGCUCCCUGGGUGCAGCUGAUCGUUAAGGCACUUAUGGCCAAGUAAGUCCCAUUCACUCUCAGAUCGGGCAGUUAAGUUGCAAACCUCCCAAAAAAGCCAACUUGUCGGGUUUCAUAGUGUAAGCUUCCAUUUUCUCUUACUCAGAAGUAAAGAAUGGAGAAACGUUGCUUAAUUAUAGAAAUGGGCUCUUGUGUGGGCUCUUCUGCAAUGUUCUUGUUCAAUGACUAUGCCAUAGCUAAACCUUUGAUAACCAGCAACUCCAUUUGAAGGAAAAGGAACACCUCACGAAAAAUGGGGCUUUUAAAAAAUGAUCUUCCCCUUACUUUCAGUAUCCUAUAUAAAUAAUUCCAAGUAAUUUCCAAGUUAAUUAAUUCUUUGGUAUGACUGAAUGGUGCAAAAGUUUCCUAGCUGAGCACCGGAUAUACAAACACUGGCACUCCAGUAACUGCUUUUGAAACAUUAUGCUCUCUGUGCCUUGAGACAGCAGAUAGAGUUGGAAACAGAUCAUUUGCUUUUAACUGUUUAUGCAAUGCUAAGCCACAACAAUUGUCCUUGGAACCACCUUCUAAAUCACCUUUUUCCUCACCUCAUAACAGGGCUCAGCUCAAUUCUGAUGCACCACUGUGAGGAAAUUCGAGACAGGAAAAAACCUCAGAACUGCUCCUGAUUUCCACUGGGAGAAACAUCCAGAGAAAGCAUCAUGCAGCAUUCCAUCUUCCACCUUCCACAUCGGUGUCUCAUGUUAAUUGUAGAUCCUUGUAUCUAUUUAUUUAUUUAUUUAACUGCAUCUAUUUAAGGAAACCUUUCAUAUUGGUCAGUGCUGUGGGACUCACUGUCCAUAGAAACUGAAGACACUGAUUAGGAAAAGUGGCUUACUAGGGGAAAUGAAGCUCCCUUGGAAGCCACUUCAGUCAGACACAAUCAGUUGAGUGCAAUGCACUUACAGCACAGCUUGUUUGUACUAAGACCUACUGUUUUGCUAUUACAGCAACAAACUGGUAAUUCCUCCUGCUCCCCUGGAGUGCUCUAGUAUGUUGUGUCAACAACAGUUUCCUAGUCACAGUCAGCUCAUACCGACUGCAGACUGUGAUUUAAGACUUCAAAAAUCUAUCCUGCAGAAUCUGUAAGACUGUGGGUUUGGUAUUUAUUAUGAUUUCCAUGGUAUUUAUAGAUAUAUUUAUUCACUAGUUUCUAUGCAGGAUAGAAAGAGAUGACAACUUUUGUAAUUUCUAUGGGAAUUGCUAUUCUUAAUGAUGAAUACUCAAGAAACAUUCACACACUCAUUACUCUGCAGAAGGACUUGGUUCUACGUCUAAUUCAUGAGUUAUUCAGCUAAUGGAAAAAAAUUGCAGCAUGCAUACACAGAAUUUGCUUGUGAGAA